AUGCCUCGCCGGUCCACCAAAUCUACAUCAAAAGAGCCAUCACUCGCUCGCUCCCUCUCAACUCCCCUGACAUCCUCACCAGACUCCCUCGCGUCGAGCACCACCACCCGCUCUCCCUCACCCACACCUUCCGCCCACACCCCAUCUUACACCGAUAUCCUCCGCUCGACCAUCCGGCGACGCCUGAGCCAUUCCACAUCCUCCGGACCUCCUCGAGACUGCGCGCCCGAGAUGUUCGGUUCGCGCAAGUACACCCCUCUUCCAACUUCCGCCAACCAGCAGCGGCGGCGAGCCGGCGGCGGUCUCACCGCAUGGAAGCGGUGGGCGUUGAUCGGCGCAACAGUGUCGAUCUUCAUACUCCUCGGUGUCUCUGUCGCGUCGAGGCACAAGAUUGCCGAGGAGUAUUGGCCGGCCGAGACGUACACUCCAGACCUGGACAAGAUGCCAGGUCAGGAUGUAGACGAGACGGAUUACUCUACCCCGCCGUUCCGGCCGCCCUCAGUCGCGGUCGGGUCGCCGGAUGAUGAGAAUGAUGUGCAGGACGACGAGGUGAUGCGGAUAAAGCCUAUCGGGGAUCUGUCGAGUCACGUGCACGACGAUCCGGAGGAUGAUGAGCUCCUCGAGUACCCCAGUACCGAGUCGAGCCCGCAUGAUCCCACGGCGGACGCGGCGAAGGGGGCACAUGAGGCGGACCCGGACUUCUCGGAUAUAGAUGAGGAGAUGGACGAGGGGGAGGAGGGCAAGGCGGCAGAGGCCAAGCUCGGAGGUCUCCCCACGUCGUUCGAGACGGACUCGAACCCAUCGGGGAGCACAGCUUGUACGAAAUCCCACUCUACGACACGGCCCAUCGUCCAGUACGCCCUAACCAUCGACGCCGGGUCGACCGGAUCCCGGAUCCACGUCUACAAGUUUAACAACUGCGGACCCUCCCCUGCGCUUGAAUACGAGACAUUCCUUUCCAUCAACCCUGGUCUCUCCGCCUAUCCCCGCGAUCCCACUGCCGCGGCCGCCUCGCUCGAUCCGCUCCUGAAAGAGGCCGAGCGCGUCGUCCCCAAGUCAAUGUGGAACUGCUCGCCUGUUGAGGUCAAGGCCACAGCGGGUUUGCGUCUGCUCGGGACAGACCAGUCCCAGGCAAUCCUGGACGAGGUCCGGAACCGCCUUGAGACCAGCUACAAGUUUGUCGUUGCGUCCGAGGGGUCCGGCGUCUAUGCCUGGAUCACGGCCAACUACCUCCUCAAUAAGAUCGGCGAAGGCGCAACUAGCAAGGACACACUGGCGGUCAUGGAUCUCGGCGGAGCGUCCACACAAAUCGUCUUUGAGCCGCGCUUCCCCGCCGCUUCGGGCCAAUUGGCGGAGGGCGAGCACAAAUACCUGCUCAAGUUCGGCGGAAAGGAGUUUACGCUUUAUCAACACUCGUACCUCGGCUACGGGCUCAUGCGGGCGCGGCGAUCGGUGCACAACCUCGUCGCGCAUUUGUGGUCUUUCGGGCGAGGCGAGGUAGACUGGGACCAGCUGGAUGAGAAGGUGGUCGUGCCGAAUCCGUGCUUGACGUUGGGGUCGACUCGGCGGGUCGAGCUGGACCCGCAAGGGAGGAAGGCGGUCAAUGUGACGAUGCACGGUGGGAAUGGGAAGUUUGAGGCGUGCAGCAAGUUUGUCGAGCUGGUCAUGGCCAAGGACGCUAUCUGCGAAGUCCAACCCUGCUCCUUUGGCGGCGUCUACCAACCCUCCCUGCUCGACACAUUCCCCCGCGGCCAAUUCCUCGCCCUAUCCUACUUUACCGACCGCAUAAAACCCCUUCUCGACCCCUCAUCCCCUUCCUCCACACUCACCAUCUCCUCCCUCAAGACGAUGGCCCAGGACGUCUGCGCCGGCCCCGCAUCCUGGAAGAAACGAUGGUCCAAGAACAAGGCGGCAAUGGAGGAGCUCGAAGGCAGGCCAGAGUACUGCCUCGAUUUGACCUUCAUGCACGCCCUCCUGGGGCUGGGGUACGAGCUCUCUGACGAGCGGGAGUUGAUGGUGGAGAAGAAGCUGAGGGGUGUGGAGUUGGGAUGGGCAUUGGGAGCGGGACUGGCGUUGGUCCAGAAUGCCAAGUUGACCUGUACGGCUUGA